CGGCACCUGUUGGGGGGAUCCUUUCUUUCUACCUCGCCCAUGGCGAAGCAGCUCGUGGUCAGCAGCGCGCACCCCAAGCUGCGGGGCAGCUACGUGGAAACUGGGAGCUGCGAAGGACGACCGGCCUUUCUUCGACAAGGCGAUGACGAGACCUGGAUCCUCUUCUCCGCACGUUUCGGGAGCUCUCCCGGCUGGUACUUUGCUAGCAGCCCUCCACAGGCAGGCGAGCUACGCUCCUUCCUGCGCUCCAGUGAUGCGCCCAGCGAACCUCAGUGGGCCACCUGGCCGGGAGGCGUUGCGUUGGAGGAGACCAAAUCCUCUCCAGUGACUUCCUGCAAGGCAUGCAAGGAGCUUCAGGACUGGACACACCCGACGGGCCUUCGCUGCGAGGCUUGUGCCCCCGCCAGCGCCGAAGCCGUCGGGGCCUUGAGACUCUUGCGAGGAAAGACCUCAAGCCUGCUCUUCGAGAAGACUGCGGCUGCUUUUGCAGAUGGCGAUCCAGCCGCGAGGGAUUUGCUUCGACAAAUCUCUCGAGCCCAUGCCUCCAACUCUUCAGAGCUCAUCCUGCUGCGGCAGCCGCAAGAGCGCCUUGAGAUCGGCAGUGGCCCCACGUCACUGCUGUGCGACGUGAUCAGCCUCGAAUCGACCACAGGACGCUUGCAGUACUGCUGGCACAAGGAUGGCCAGCCCAUCCCACGGGCGUGUCUUCCACGUUUGGUGCUGAGUGGCGGCACAGCAGAUGCGGAGGGCAUCUAUACAUGCCGAGUGAGCAGCGCAACCGACUCCCUCCUCACUUCGCCCUGCGAGGUGCGCCUGAGCGCCGCCGCGCGGCAGCAGCUCUCGCAGAGAGCGGAGCAGCGGCAGAGAUACGAAUCGCCGCUGCGGCGCGCGGCCGGCGCGCUGCAGCUGGGCGACGUGCCACGAGCUGUGCAGCUCCUCUCCGAGGCCAUCCACGCUGCGAUUGACGACGAGGCUGUUCGCGCCGAAGCCUUUUGCCAGCGCUCUGAGCUACGGGUGCGGCUUGCACACUGGCAGGAAGCGUUUCAAGAUGCAGUGGAAGCAUUGAAGCUACAGCCCAGCCUGGCGCGGGCGCAUGCAGCCAGAGGUGCUGCAGCAGAAGCAUUGGGCUUUUUGGCAGAGGCCGUGAGCUCCUGGGAAGCUGCCGAGCUCCUGGGUGGAGUGCCAGAAGCGGCCUCGCGAGCGGAGGCAUGCCGGGUGAAGCUGCAACAGUUCUUCAUGGAGCAGCAAGCCAAGCGAAGCAGUGCUGGCAGUACAGCAGGAGGUGAUCCGGAGGAGAAAUGGCGCAGAAAUGGAUGGCAAGGACGGUACGCACUUCGGAUGGCAAGGACGGUCAAUGCAUUGCUGUUUUUCUCUUUUUCUUGUGCAGCUGAGGCAGGUGGCUCUGCUGGGAGCUAUUUUGGUGGAAGCCAGGAGGGCGAGCGUGGCAGUUCCUGCGGACUCAGCAAAGGUUUGCAAGAAAGCCUGCAGGUCUUGGGCUUUGCCAGCCAUGAGCUUCCCAGUGCUGAGACACUUCGCAGCGCCUACCGCAAGCUGGCCCUUGCGAUGCAUCCAGACAAGCCCGGAGGAUCGAUUACAGCAUUUCAGGAACUGCAGAAUGCUUACGAGGCUGUUUUGAAAGCAGUCUCGGGCUGAUGGAACAAAUCCUCCCUUCCUGAGUCCUGUUGAUUGAGGCGUUGAUUAAUAGCACUUCUAGGCGCUGAAUAGGAUGUGUCUCAGAAUGAGG